AAUUAAAAGAAAAAGAAAACGCCGUUAGUUAACCGAAGGUUCUGAGAGUCAAGGUUGGGUUCUCCUCCUUCCUCCUCUCCCAAUCUCAGUCUUCGCUCGCCAUUGGAAUCCCUUUCUCUUCCUCUCCAUCUCUAUCUCUCCAUUUUUCUUUCUCCACAGCUCACACAGUGGCUGAGUUUCAUGAAUCUAAGCUCUCCCAAAAACCCAAAUUCUCCAUUUCUUCUUCUUUUUCUUCUUCUUCUUCUUCUUCUUCAACUUCUCUCACAAUUCCAGACCAUAAUCAUCACCAUUUCCCCCAUUCUCAAUCUCCAUCUUUCUCCAGAUUUUCCUUCAAUUCCUCCCAUUUUCCCCCCUUGAGGCUUGUAAUUCCUCUCCCUUUUCCCUCCAUGUUCUCAACCCCCUUCGUUCUCUCCUUUUCCCUUCUCCUCUCUCUCCCCAUCCUCUUCCUUCUCGCCCCCCAUUUCAUCCCUUCCCGCCCUCAAUCCAUCCCCAUCCCCCCACCAGACGAUCACGACGAUCUCUUUCUCUUCAAUCGCGCCACCGCUGGAUCAAAUCCCAGCAACCCAUCUACGUUUUCCCAUCUUUCUUCCUCCUCCAACCCUAAAUUGAAGAUUGCUUUCCUCUUUCUCACUAAUUCCGACCUCCAUUUUGCUCCUCUUUGGAUUCGGUUCUUCCCCAAUUCCUCAGAUCUUUACAAUGUUUAUGUUCAUGCUGAUCCCUCCAUCAACAUUACCCGCCCUGGCGGUCCGUUUCUGGGUCGGUUUAUUGUUUCCAAGAGAACUUAUCGUGGCUCACCAACGCUUAUCUCUGCCACGCGCCGCCUCAUAGCCACCGCCAUGAUUGAUGAUCCAGCUAAUGCGUAUUUUGCUCUUUUGUCUCAGUAUUGUAUUCCUCUUCAUUCCUUUUCUUAUGUUUAUAACUCUUUGUUUUCUUCCACUACUUUUGAUUCUACCUCUACUCCCUCUGAGUUGACUCAUUUGGGUGUAAGGAUUCGAUUCAAGAGUUUUAUUGAGAUUGUAUCUAAAGAACGGCAUUUAUGGAAGAGGUAUAAUGCUAGGGGUCGGUUCACCAUGAUGCCCGAGGUUCCGUUUGAGAAAUUUCGAGUUGGAUCUCAGUUCUUUGUGUUGACUAGAAAACAUGCGUUGGUGGUUGUUAAUGAUCGGACGUUGUGGAGGAAAUUUAAGAUUCCUUGUCAAAGUUCUGAUGAUUGUUACCCUGAAGAACACUAUUUUCCUACCCUUCUUUCCAUGAGGGAUCUUAGUGGUUGUACGCAAUACACGCUUACUCGGGUUAAUUGGACUGGAACUGCUAAUGGACAUCCGUAUACGUAUCGAAGUUCAGAGGUUUCUCCUAUGCUUAUUCACCAGCUUCGGAAAUCGAAUUAUUCCGAAUCUUAUUUGUUUGCCCGGAAAUUCACUCCGGAUUGCUUGAGACCUCUGAUGGCUAUUGCAAAGUCUGUGAUUUUCCGGGACUGAAAUCUGUUUCUGGUUAAAGACAAAAAUAAAAGUUGUCAGGCCAGUGGUAUAGCCUUACUUCUCGAUAAGGAAGAAGAAAAAGAAAAAGUUUUGUGUGGGAAUAUGGUUAUGAAGAGGCGCCAAAGUGCCCACUGCCCAUAACCCCACUUUCAUCCAGACUGCAGAACUGCCAGUCCAGCCAAAGCUUUGGACAAAACAUUUUUUUUUUCAAGGGAAAAGAAUAGUUCGAGAAAGAGAUACAAGUGAAGCAGAAUGCAAGGUAUUCUUGUCGAAAGUUGUAUUUUAAUUUUAAUUUCUUCCACUUUUUAUUCCUUGUAUUUUGAUGAUGUAACAGUAGAAAUACUGGCAGAAGAACUUAAAGAAAAGAAAUUGAAUCAUUCUCCUGUCAUUUCUAUGGUUUUUUUUUUUUGUAAAUAACUAAAUAUGUAAUAUCAUGGAAGGAAUUGAAGAAUGGAAAGGAUUAUUGGUCACUGGGAAA